AUGACCUCGGACUCGACCGUACAUCGCCCGACCGAGUCUCUCAUUCUCCCCAAUAAACGUCGAUUCUUCCCCUUCCGCAUUCCUAACUUCCAUACGCAACUGCGCCACUACAUCAGCACUGCCGAUCCAGAUCGCAUCUAUGUCGUGGUCGAACGAGUCGUCUAUGCGAUCCAUAUCGCUGCACAGAAGAGAGAGAGCAUAGCUGUCAUUCCGUUCGAGCCGCGAUGCUUGGCGGCUGGAUAUGGGUGGAUCGCUGUGGGGGGCCCGGAGAAUGGUGAAUGCGCUUUUAUCAGAACGGAUGAGAGAGGUCUACAAUUGCACGGAGAGCCAUCCUCUCACCAAGCUUCUGAUGUGGAUAGCGCGCUUCCACUCGACCUCGAGCCGCCUUCGGGGCUGCUGUCUCCAGAGACCACGAGUGGCGGCCCGACGUCGACACGCCGCUCACCUCGGAGGAUGAUGCCGGAGUUUGAGCUGCACAAAUUUGGAGGUAGUAUUGUUAACUCGGUGACGAUUCACCACUUCCCGGGCGACCGCGAGGGGAUUUCAGAUGAAGAUGUCACGGUCCUCAGCAACAACGACCGAACCGUGACCGUCUACUCGUUGACACGUGCGAAGGUGUUGAAGGUUCUCCACCAUCCCUCUUGCAUGAACUAUGCAAUCAUCUCCCCCGACCACAAAGUACUUGCAGCCGUAGGCGACGAGAACCGUGCCUAUUUCUAUGAUGUGAUUCGUGACUGGGAAUCGGAGGUGACCGUUGAGUCCGGUGGAAAGGUCGGAGGCUGGGAGUGGGAGCUAUCUCGCUGCAUCGAAAUGGAUAUUGGGCCGCGAUCGGACGAUGCGUGUUGCUUUACCGUUGCAUUCUCUCCAUCCAGUCACCUGUGCGCGAUCGGAUCUCAGUCCGGGAUCAUUACAGUGCUAGAUAUGGACCGCGUACGGGAGAUGGACAACGAGGAGCCCGUGAUCUGCCAAUUCAAAGCUUCCAGAUCCUGCACCGAAGGCGGUGCAGUGCGAUGCAUGACAUUCUCUCCCGAGCCUUGGGACCUUUUGGUCUGGCUGGAGGGUCAUGGCAGAGCUGGGGUUGCCGAUGUUCGUCAAUCGUUCUGGCGGAGGCAAAUUCUAUAUCUGAAUGCCGAUGGCCCCGAGCUGCAAGAGGUCCGCACUGUUCCACUGGCAACCAGCUUCGAUGAUGACCUUUCAGAUGAUGAACUGGAAAUCACAUCGCGGCUGGGAUUUGAUGCCGAGGAUCUCCUGCACAGUCGCGAAGGCUCCGGACGUCUUCCGUCUCGCGAGAGCCUGCUUCAUGAUCUGACAGCACGCGAGCGAUUGAUCAUGCAAUUCCUCAACACUGCUCGGUGGAACGCACGAGAGGAAAUGGGCCUGACGGAGCGACCAGAUCCGCCGGCGAGAUCAAGCCUCCAUCCACACCAUACAGCUCAUAGCCGCUAUCACGGUGCCUCAGAGGAGAUCGGUAAUGGAUACCGAUAUAUGUCUUCAGCACCCCUUUCUGAAUCCCCCGAGACCACUCAAGAUAGUCAUCUUCCCCGCCCCAGUACUACCCAUCUUUCACCUCGCAGUGGGCGCCGGAGUUCGGUGGUGCUGUCUCAAAGCAGUCGGCCACCUGAAUUGGAUUCGUCGAACCACGAGCGCGAGCCCAGCGCCACUCUCAGUUGGACCUCCAGCUCGCGCUCAGAGCUAUCCCCGGAUGCUCUAAGUCGGCUCAACACUGAUCCUGAUUACGUCCUCCAAGAAAUGGAAGCUCGCGGUAUUGCUCCUCCGCAGCCACCGGAGCCAAUCACUCCAUCCAGCCUCGAUCCCCGACGUUCACGGCCCCCACGAUCGAGCUCUAUUCCUCGACGUGUCGACCGACCGCAGGCCGGACAGUCUGGCCCAGAAAGAAGAUAUGACACCUCGCGACUCUCAAACUAUGAAAUCAGAGCCAAUGUUGCGGCAGAGCGGCUGCGACGUCAACGCCAGAUUGCUAACGAGGUGCACAAUCGGUCGAUCGCUGAAAGGGGUCAUAGAGAGCAGCGGGCACGUCAGCAGAUGAUGGGCUUCGAACAGACUCAUUCCCCUCGAUGGAUUCGCAAUAUCAUCAAUGAUCUUCCCGAUCGAAGUUUCAUUCACGGCCCUGGGGCCGAAGAGCCAGACGCCACAGCUGGAGUUGGCUGGGGCGCUGAUGGAAGAACAUUGUACAUUGCAACCCUGGAAGGAAUCUUCGAAUUCCAAUUAAAUGUUCACGACCGCAAAACCUUCCCCAUCUUCUCAUACCGAUAA